CAUGAGGUCGCGAUGGGUUGAACACGACCUCACAACUAACAACAACAAAGUAAAGAAGUUACGUUCUCUAAAAUGAGAAUAGUUGGCUGUUGCAGGGUUUUACAGUAUAGCCUUUUUGCCAACUAUAGGAUGGCGAUAUAGCCAGGGUUUCUUAAAAUUGUCAUCAUAAUAAUACCCAUUCUUCAUAUUCAGUAGUGAUGUUGGUAAUGUCAACGUAAUUAUGCAAAAGAAUUGAUUUCCAAAAUGGUAGUUGUGUAAGUCUGUUGCAGAAAAAAGAGCAAAGAAUCCUGUGGCACGUUCAGAUUUAGUGGAUGUAUUGUGACAUAAGAUUUUAUGUAGAGUUUGCUUUGCUUAAUGCUUGUUAUCCUCCAUUGGCAAUAAUUUACAUUAGUUUUAAGGAUGUAACAUAAAUGCUAAAGUGUGGCGUCAAAAGGCAAUGAAAUACAGAAAGUGCCCGCUAUGAAAGAGUGUGAGCAUUGCAUAUAUGAAAAAUAUGGAUGGUGACAAUAUACAACAAACUCCUAGUGUACUUUCUUUACUCAGAAUCUGAUGAAGUACGCUUUGGCCUAUUGAAGCUUAUGGAAGAAAAGAGACAAAAUUAGGUUCAUUUUUGGUGCAAAAAUGAAGGAGGGAACGUCUGAAAUGCACUGUGGAAACUAUGGGAAGCUGCAGUGUGUGUUGCAGUGGAAAAAGCCUUCAGGGGUAGCUGGGCUCAUUAAGGAAUAGAAAAACAAUUUUGUGUUAAUUUGCUAAAAUAGCAUUGUUUUAGCUAUUCCCAAUGUGAGUGUACUUUUCCCAAUUCAUAAACUUUGGUGAAGCAGGAAUAAGCAAUGGAGGUGUGCACCUUCCCCUUCUCUUGUGUGCCAGUACAGAAUUCAGUUUUCAAACAAACUGGGAACUUUGCACCAAAGCAAAGGGAAGAGCGGGUCUCUUUGAAGAUGGAAGUGUUGGAUCCAGCCCUAUAUGUGAUUUGAGAAUCCCUGCAGUUAUCUUUGAUUAGGCUUUCCUCUCCCUGCUGCCUUACAUUAUGCCUGUGGCACCUGAGUUUGUUUCCCCUUUCUGCUGUCCUCAGAAAAAUCUGUCAAAGGCAGGAGUGGAAGAGAAAGUAGAUCCGGAUUUACUAGUAGGUCACUGGAUAAUUUGCAGCAGAUCAACAAGCAAUUUUUGACUCUCCUUAUCAGGAAAGCAUAGGAUAUCAAAUGCAUCCUGAAAUGAAAAAGAAAGUAACAAAAGCAGGGAGACUUAGACUGAGUCCUAAUGAAGAAGCUCAACUGUUGAGAGAAGAAUACGAAAGAAGAAGGAAAUUAAGGCUGCAACAGGUUAGAGAGCAGGAGAGGAAUAUUGCUUUGCAGAUAAGGCAAGAUGUCAAGCAGCGAAGAGAAGAACACCUGCAUCUGUUGGCAGAAGAACUGAAGGCAGAAUGGCAGAAAGCGCAAGAUGAAAAGAUUAGAGCUUUGGAAAAGCUUUAUCAGUCAAGCUUAAGAGCUAUAGGAGAAGGACAUAGGCAGGCAAAGGAAAAUGAACCUGAUUUAGAAACACUGGCAAAGCAGGCAGAGGAAAGGAGGCAAAGAGCAGAGAAGAGGCACAAGGAAGCACUGCAGGAGCAGAAAAAUCGAAAGGAGAAGUUGCUGAGGGAGAAAACAUGGAGAGCAAAUGCACGGAAACAUGCCUUAGAUAUAGAAAAAGAGAGAGCUGCUAAAAUUGCAAGUCUGCCUCCACCUCCUCCCCACCCCUUUGAAAAUGUUGAGUUGCAGAAUGUCUCUACAGUGAAAGUCAGUGAAGUUGAUACUUUCUCAAUUACUCGCCAUCAUCUUUUUGACCCAUAUGUGGAUAGAGAAAUGGAUACAGAACAGCCAGAUGCUCGGUUACUUGCUGAAGAGGAAGCCAAACGGAAGGAAGCACUACAAAAAGAAGAAGAAAGAGAAAGAAGGGAACAGAUGGAAAAAGCUCAUCUGAGAGGGAAACAUGCCUUGAGGAUGGUUCUUCUGGCACGAGACAGGGAAAAGCUAGUGAAAGAGCUUGAACAGCUGCAGAAUAUGGACCUCGCUCGCAGAAGACAGAUUGUUGCCCAGAUGCCUCCUCAGCUGUUUGAACCAUCCUACAGGCGUGCAGAAAUCAAGGAAGAAUGGCAGCGGGAGCUGGAGUGUGCCUUUGAAGACAUGUAUACUGGGGACAGGAAAAUGAAGGGAGACCUUAUUUUGCACCUCGAUCCACAGCCUCUGCCAACUUCUGAAUAUUCUCAAGAUGAUGAACUGGAACUCUCUCUGGAGCCAGAUUCCGUUGGUGAGGUGCCACCAAGAUUGGAAGAUGAGGUCAAGAAGAAUGAGCUGAGUGGAAAUGAAACAGAAAAGGCACCCCAGCCUCAAUCAAAACCAGCUCUUAAAAAAUUGCUGAACAAGAUCAGGAACCAAAAAGACCACUGGACAUCAAGGUGUGAACCAGAGGUGCAAAGUGAAAUUGGGACAAUUGAGUCGGGAACAAUUUCUAGUAGAGAGAGAAGAUUGUGUGACUCAGAACCUUUUGAACAAGAGCUUCCAGAAACAUUGGACCAAACUAUUCUUGCUGGAAAUACAGUUCUAAAUCAUCCACAAGCAACUAAAAAGGUAGCAGAAAGACAAAACCAGAUGGAAUGGCUAGAGCAUCAAAAGCAACAGCAAUUGACAUUGCUUCAACAAAUUGAAGAGCAGAAAAUACGGCUGGAGGCUGAUCUUUUGAAGGCUCAAAUGCAUCAUCAGGAGCAAGAAGUUAAGAGAGAAAAAGAGAAAAAAGAUCAAGAAUCCCAGACGGAACAGAUGGAUGGUGUUGCCCCUGUUGUACACCUGCAGCAGGCAGUAGAACAAAUGUCUGAAAUUCCCAUAGGAACACAGGCAGUCAGCUGUUCUAAAGAAGAAGACCAUAUACAGAUGAUUCGUGACUACCAGCAGCGUCUUCUAAUGCAGAACAGGAUGCACAGAGAUUCAGUCGAAGAAGCUAGAAAACAUUUGCAUGAGUAUCAGAACAAGCUGAAGCAAAGAUACCAAUCCAUUUCUGCAGGAUUUUUAGCCCCUGCUGACAGACAUGCACACCAGCAUUCUAUUCCUGAGCCUCAAUCACAAUUAGAAGGAUUUAAUAUGUUGCAGAGACUUAAUCUAAUAGCAGAUCAGCUGCCAAAGAAAGUUCCUAUACAAGAGCCAGCUACCUAUCCAGAAUUACCACUGGAGCAAAAAAACAGAGAGCAAAGGCUUGGUGUUAGCAGUGAGGGAGAAGCUCAACCAGUGGGCACCCAGGAACAUCAGAGGCCUUUGCAGUUCACCCAGGAUUCCUGUUCACACCAAGAGAAGGAAAAACCAAGGGCAGCGGAGACACUUGCAAUGCCAUCAUUGGAAUUUCAUGGGAUUCCAGGAUCACCAGCGCUCAAGUCAGCUGAUAGCUUUGCUGUAACUCAGCCAGUAGCGCAUGUACAGAAUGUCCCUGCAGACAAUUCUCCUGAGUCUUCAGAAAUGCUCUGGUCUGAUGAAUUGGUGCCUCGUGCACCUCUAGUAGAAAAGAGUCUACUGCCGACAUCCUUAAAGCACCAACAUAUACUUGCUGAGAGCAGGCUAAGAACAUCUGAUCAAACAUGCACCCCUUCUUUGCAGUCUGUCAGUUCCUUUCCUCUGCCAGUAGUAAGUGGAGCUGGGAGAACCCAGGAGACUUUGGCAUUAAAAAAUGGAAGUGGAUCCUUGUCUGAUUUUUCUGAUGUAGUGGAAUUAAGGGAUAGAAUGCUGGCUUCCUCUGAGAGCAUUCGAGCUCAGCAAAAAUACUUGAAGGAACUGCAGGAGCAGCUUGAUGAGCAACGGGAAGCCCUUCUAUCUCGGCAGAAGAUACAAGAAGACUUACUUAUGAAGAAGCAUGCUCAGUUGAAGCAAGAAAUGGAACAACAGCAAGAGGCUUUAAAAGAGUUUCUUGAACGGGCAGGGCAGUCCAGCACAUGCACAGAGCGGGCAGAGGCACAGGUGACUACCAGCUUUGAUCUGUGGGCCUCACUAUCUAACGAAGCAAGAGACAGAAAUCAAGAAGAGGUUCCUUCUGGACAUACAAGGAGCUGUGCUGAAGAUAAAGUUGUAUUUCAGAACAUCGGUUCAGCUGAGCAGAUUGAACCAUUUCAAAACACUUGGGAAAGAGAACAAAGAUGGAGACCUUCAAAACCACCUUUGGCGAAAGUAAAGCUAGGUCUUGAUUUGGAACAGCAUGAACUUAGUAUUAUUCCUGAGCUUGACACACCAAGGAGUGGCAGACUUUCCACUACAGGUUGCAUAGAAUCUUUUACCGGAGACAUUUGCCUCACUUCCAGUGCUGAUAGAUGGCUAUCAAAGGAAGGCACAAAUGAAUCUCUCCAUGAAGAAACAGACAUACUGAGAAUUACAGCUGAUGACAAAGAACAUGUUUCUAGUGAAAACGAAGACCAGUCACAAGGAUCACGGCAUGAGGCAGAAUUUGGUGGCUUGCGUGACUCUGUUCACUCCAGAGAACUUACUCACAUGGCUGAAAGUUUACCCAGUUAUGUUGCUGAUAAUGGAAACAGAGUAGCUACACAUCCUGAUCUUUCCUUUGGACCAAAUAGUAUGGUCAUACUUCCUGCAGCUCAGCUUCCUGGUUCAUUAAGUCCACGGACUAAUUCACAACAGGUAGCCUGUGGCUAUUUCUCUGCUUUGUCAGCUGUCAGCAGUAUAACCAGUUACAACCCAGACAGAAGCCUUGUCAGUACAGAAUCAACUUCAACUAAGGAAUGGCCCAGGCAUUUUAGUUCCCCAGUGAAAGAGUAUGCUAAUGUGUCUUGGGAUUCUUCAGUCUCUCUGCUUCCCAAGUUGGAUGAUCCCUCAGAAACUUCUGAUUCGCAUCUAUCUUUUGGAGUAACACUGCACUCUAAUGGAAGUAAAGUUCAGCAGAUCACAGACAAAUAUACAAGAGAUUUCAGCUGGUCAUCUCUUAGCAAUGUAUCUUCCCAAGAUCCAGCAGGUGGACUUGAUGUCACUGACCUUGAGAGAAAUUUUCCGAAUUUCCACCGUGAGCUUUUUCAGCCUUUGGAACCAAGUCCUGACUUUGAUAUAUGUUCAAAUCUUUCUCUGUGUAGAAUCUCGCACAACAGCAAGGAACUGAGAAAGAGCUUGGAUUUAUCUAAGAGUCAUGAAUUAGCAACUUCCAAUUCAGAAGAAAGAACCAAGCACCUUUCAUUUCUUAGCAUAUUAAACAAUAUUCUACCAACGGACCAGACUGGUGAGGAGGUAAAAGAGCAAAUGCAAGGCACUAAAGAAUUGUUUGAACAUCUUCCAGUAGAAUCUCCCUUUAGCAAACUUAGACUGAGUGUUGAUAAAUUUGGAGCUUGUAACACUGCGUCUGAGCAAAAUCUUGAAAUAAGCACAUCUAUUGGAAAAGAUAUGUAUGUUUCUCCUGGGAGUAUACAGUGCAAAGAGCUGGAAGGUGAUGAGGAGAGCAUCAGUCUCUGUUCUUCUACUGAAAACUUUCGUAGUUUGAGUAUGGUAGAUGAUCACAGCUCACUUUAUCAGCUGAUUCCAGAUCACGGUACAAUGGCAAAUGUUGUUGAAAGGACAGAGUCUGUGGAAGAAGACAUGCAGUUAAGAGAGGAGAACCUAUGCUUUGAGGAGCUACCUAUGGCAUCAACUGAAAGGAAGCAUGAUACGAUUGCUGAAAAUGUGUCUACGAAUGGGGAUGUUGGCAUUGAUCUCUCUCAGUGCUCUCUACAUAGCGUGGGAGAGCAGAGUUCUUUAAGAGCAGAGAUGAUGCUGAGUUUGCCUCAAGAAAUGAACUCUAAAAUAUUGAUCAGUCCUUUGCAAAAUGCUUUACCGCAGAGUGGCUGUGAGCUAGAUAAGGAUCAACCACCAAAUUUGAAUGUCAGUCAAGCUAAAACAGAUUCCUGUUUGUCCCAAAGCAACAUACCAGCCUGGAAAACACUUACAGGGAGGGGCAUUAUGGAAGAACCUGAAUUGACUCUGAUAAGCUCAAAUGAUGUUAGCACUGCAGAAUCAGACUUUGAACCCCUUAACCAAGCAGAUGCUGGACGUGAAAAAUUGGGAAGCUUGUCAUGUAAUGACAGUUCUGAAGUUAAAAAUUGUACAAAGAGCAGGGUAUUUUUACCUUCACCUUCAGAAGUGGAUGACUCCUUUUCCACCCAUAUUGACUACCCCUCAGUAACUUCCAACUGCAAAGAGGAUUGGGAUAAAAUGACCAAACCAAGAGCAGUAUCCCCAGAGCUCAUGUCUGUCCCUGGGAGUUUGCAGGAAUCAUUUCUGCAGAGGAAGAAGGAUUUCAUUGAGAGAUCAACUAAACGACUGGAGAAACUCAAAAAUAGAGAACAAAGUUCUGGAAAGCCUCAACCUAAGACAUCCCAUCAGAAAAAAUCACAGCUUCAUAAACCAAAAGAGAACUUAUUGUCUUCUGGUGCAGCUGUUAGUCAUAUGAAGAAAGUGGAAGAAGUAAAAGUUUGCUCUGCAGAUGACAGGAAGACAGCAGAAAUACAAAUGCACCAGCGCACGUCACGAUUGUAUAACAAUCUAGCUGAAGUGAAAAUCAGAAAGGAAGAGAAGAAGAGACAAGAAAAUUAUGCCAAAAACCGGGAAAAAGCAAAGGAAUUUCAAAAGAAAACAUUGGAAAAACUACGAGCCAGAAAAGCUAAAAUGAAAAGCUCAUGCUAACCAGGCAUCUUGUGGAUGGAUGAAACCUCUUCACUGUAAAUUAAAAACUGCACCUCAGCAACUUGGUUAAUACAUGAAAUGAUGUACCAGACUUAGAUAUAAUAUAUAUUGAACUUGGAUGAUUUGCCUGACUAUCCAAACCUGCAUAGACUGACUUGGUUGUUUUUUUGCAAUUAUGGCUUUUUAACUGAGAUGUGUUUUUUAAAGAAACAUCACAUACUUUUGUAUUGUUAUUAGAGUUAUUUAUAAUAAAUUUUAAUUUACAAAAAAUUAGUCUGUUCUUCAUCGUGGUCUCUGCAUCACACAUAUAUGGAUGCUGUGUAGUGCCUAUUUUGGGGAAGAUUUCAAAGCUAUAGCGGGUUUUGGUGGGAAUUCAGGA